CGAAUCCGAGUGAGAUUCUUCCAUAUAACAGCAUACACUUGUAAUAGUUGCAGAUUCGUUUCUAAUUCCACCCAUUUCUCACAUACAAGUUCAAAUCAAAGCAAACAGAAACGAAAGGCGAUUGAAGAAGAAAUAAGUGUUGGAUGGCGGAUUGUAAAAAAGUUUCAAAAUUGUACUCUAUCGAUCUCUCAUCUCCUCAUAUUCCAACCUCUGUAUCCUUACUCAAACAGGCCUGCGUGGAUUCCGGUUUCUUCUACGUAACAAAUCAUGGAAUCAGUGAGGAAUUUCUGGAUGAAGUUUUUGCGGAAAGCAAGAAGUUCUUCGAGCUUCCAUUAGAGGAGAAAAUGAAGCUUCUUAGAAAUGAGAAACACCGAGGCUACACUCCUGUUCUUGACGAACUCCUUGAUCCCGCCAAUCAACUCCAUGGUGAUCACAAGGAAGGAUUUUACAUUGGUAUCGAGCUUCCUGAAGAUAACCCUGACGCUCAAAGAACAUUUUAUGGGCCAAAUUUAUGGCCUGAUUCAGAUAUCUUACCUGGAUGGAGGCAGACUAUGGAAAAAUAUCAUCAACAAGCUCUGAAAGUAGUUAGAAAAAUAGCAAGGUUCAUCGCCCUUUCUCUUGAUCUUGAUGCCAACUAUUUUGAAAGACCAGAAAUACUUGGCAAUCCGAUUGCAAUCUUACGUUUACUGCAUUAUGAAGGCCAAGUAUCAGACCCUUUGAAGGGAAUAUAUGGAGCUGGUGCACACUCUGAUUAUGGUUUUAUAACACUCUUGGCAACAGAUAAUGUUUCUGGACUCCAAAUAUGCAAGGAUAAAGAUUCUAACCCUCAGGUGUGGGAAUCUGUUGAACCAUUAAAAGGAGCCUUUGUUGUAAAUCUUGGUGAUAUGCUGGAACGAUGGAGCAACUGUAUUUUCAGGUCAACGUUACAUCGGGUGUUGGGAAGUGGUCAAGAGCGAUAUUCUAUUCCAUAUUUUGUGUUGCCAAGUCAUGAUUGUGUGGUUGAAUGCUUACCUACCUGCCAUUCAAAAGAAAACACUCCCAAGUUUCCUCCAAUCAAAUGUGAAACCUACCUUCUUCAACGAUAUCAUGACACUCAUGCUGAACUUAGUACAUACAAAAAACCCUAGAUUUCAUUUGGCCAAUUUGUUAAAGUAAUAAAAUAGUUACUAUUAUUAUUUAAAUUUCAUUUGGCAUAUCUUGAUGAUGAUGAUGAAAAAAGUAUUCAUGUCUUUUGCAAUUUACACACCAAAGUGGUUUUUUAUGAACACAAAAUGACUGUGAAUUAUAUCAUAUACUUGAUAAUUAAUUGUAUGGGGUCACACGUGUUGCAUGAGUAUGGUGUAUUCAACUCCUUCUGUUUUAGAAUAACAAAACCUUUCGUGCCCACAAAUAUCAUUUAAAGAUGG